AUGGCCGACAUUUUCAAGAAAUUAUUCGGCGGCGGUGGCCGGCAGGACCAAGCGCGUGUGAUCGAAAAUUCCGAUUCAGACUUUGCCGACUUUGCCGGCGCUUCCGAUCCGAUCCCAGAGUCUGUCCCGGAUGCGGCCACGGUCGCCGGCGCGGCUGCGACCCCCGCGGUCUCGGGCGUGCCCUACACGAAGUGGUACAAUGUCCACGAGCGCCACUCCCUGUCCGAGUUCAAGAUCGAGGGCCUCAUCCUCGCCGCCGCCUCCUUGAUCUUCCUCUUCCACAUCCUCGGCGCCCGCGUCAACCGUUCCAAGGCCAAAGCUUGGAUCCGAGCUCACGCAUCCGUUCUCCGGAACGAGUUCGCCCUUGUCGGCUUCGGCAACGCGCCCACCAUGGACCUCGACGUGAACGUCGACGGCGACGGCUUGCUCAAGGAGCAGUCGCUCUUCGAGUUUGCCACCUACGCCUCCGGCCGCCAGAACACGGCCUUCAUGGACGUCAAGCUCACGCUGAAGAAGCGCUUCAACCCCAUCAUGAACUCGAUCGAGACCCUCAUCUCCUUCUUCUCCGACAUGUUCGACUCGCCCACCGACGCCGUCGAGGCCACCCUGUACCCCUUUGACGGCAAGGAGAACCUGACCGUGCCGCCGGUGCCCGGGGCGGCCGAGAUUCGCAAGGAGACCAAGAGCACCUACGAGGGUUUCGUCUGGGCCAUCGUCAACAAGGACGCGAUGCGGAAGCUGCGCGAGGACCGCUACGACGUCUCCCUCACCUCGACCAAGGACCACCCCAAGCUGCCGAACUGGCUGAGCGUGAUGAGCGAGAGCGCCGAGAUCACCGACGCGCUGCUCACCGCCGAGCUCACGGCUGCCGUCGCGGCCGCCGGAGACGUCUUCGAUUACCUCAUCAUCACCGACCAGCCGACGGACCGGCCCCGGUCGCUCGAAGACACCGCCCCGCGCAAGCGCCUGUUCCUUAAGUACCGCCUGCCCUCGGACGGCAACUACGAGGCCCUCGUCACCCUCUUCUCUUACUUCCUUCGCCUCCCGGACUUUCUUGUCCAGUCUGCCCAGUUCCGGCCCGAGGCGUUGAAGAAGGUGCGGGCCACGCGCGAGGCCAUGAUUGCACAGAUCAAGAAGGCUCUGGAGGAAGAGCGCAACGAGGAGCGCGCGUCCGAGAAGGAGAAGGAGCGAAAGUUGAAGCGCGAGGCGGCUCUCAAGGGCCUCGACGCCAAGGCGCAGAAGAAGUUUCUCGAGAGGGAGAUGGAAAAGGACCGGCGCAGGAGCCAGAAGAGGAUGACGCAGCGGGCGUAG